AUGGAGGGAACAGUCACGCCGCCGCCGACGAAGCCCGCCACGCCUGACACCCUAACUAGGCCGAAACAGACGUCGUUGGCGGGUUAUCGCUCGGGAAACCUCGCUCUCAGCAGGACGGCUGUCCUCAAUGACCUAGGUGCAAUCCCUCAAGUAUCAUUGGAUUAUUUCAAGUCUGCUGCCCUGCCACCCCUUCAUGCAGAGAUCGGCAUCGCCGAAAUCAAGACUUCGCUGGAGGCCUCUCAGGUUUUGUCCCGAGACUCGGGGUGGACUGCGUUUAAGAAGGAGCCGAAGGUUUCGGGUGUAUCUGAGGAGCAGGCGUUUGGACCCCUUUCGGCGGUUUUUGAGGCAAUCGUCAGCGAGGCUGGCAGAGUCGCGCACACCUCGGCAAGGCUUGAGUUUGUAUCACGACCUGCACAUUCGCCACGCUCCGAUCGCUCCAAUUCGACUCGCCCGGAUGCGUACUUGCUGCUAGUGGAGAAGAAGAGUGUUGGCGUGCAAGAGGCCAAGAAGAACGAAGCCGAAGGCUCCGAUCACGAUUCAUGGGACGAUAUCGCCGUUUCGUUUGAGUUCAAAAAGGGUGACGGGACUGCCGAGCGCGAAGACGAUGACAAGAAGGUAAUAUGGAGUCUGCACCAUAUUAUGCGUAGCGACCCAUGUCGCCGCGCGACAUUUGGUGUUACCAUCGAGAACACACAAACGAGGUUUUGGUUCACUUGCCGGGCGGUCACGCUCGUCAGCAAGUCGUUCAAUUUCCUUACCGAGCCAGAACACCUCAUCCACUUCUUCUGUGCCCUCGCGUUUGCAAAAGACCACGAGCUCGGAUGGGAUCCAACGAUCCGGAGAGUGUGCGUCGAGGGUAAAACUCAAUACAUCAUCACUGUGCAUUCAGAAAACGGGGGAACCAUCGAAUACCAAACCACGAACGUCAUUUUCGAUUUCGGCGCCGAUGGUGUGACGGGUCGUGGGACUCGGGUCUUCGAAGUCUAUCCUACGCCUCGAGAUGGAAAAUUGGACGCGGAACCCGUCGUACUGAAGGAUUCUUGGAGAGAGUGUGACCGAGAUCGCGAGGAUAAAAUCCUUCAAAAAAUAUUUGGCGACUUGCGGGAGCUGAAGGGCAUCGAGGCAGAGAAUGAGGCUAGAAAAUAUUUUCUCACUGUCGUUGAAGCAGGAGACGUGAUUGUGAAUGGGACGGUCGAUGGCACCGCCAGCCUUCUACACGCAUCCGAUCUACCAGCUGACUGUCCUUCAUAUGCGCUACCUGUCGAUGGUAAACGGAAGGCGAAGCCGACCAGGUCCAGCGAAGGACUCCCACCAAGUUUUUCUUGCGUCUCGGGUGCCACCAAUCAUUCGAAAAUCCAUCACAGGAUCCAUUUUCGUCUGGUGUUCCAGGAAAUUUGCACGCCUAUAUACAAACUUCAGCGCCUCGAUACCGUGUUUCAGACGCUGCAAGAUAUUCGUAAAGCUUUGGAAAUUUUGCACAGCGUAGAUUGGGUGCACCGUGAUGUCAGCGCCACAAACUCUUUACGCGCGGGCGAGGUGGGGAAGUUAGCUGACCUGGAGUAUGCGAAGCGUAUGAACGACACAAACAGACACGGGAUCCGCACGGGAACCGUGAAUUUCAUGGCUUGCGAGGUUGAAGGUCAAACAUACCUCUUUAAGCCACCUGGAUUUUUCGACGAAGUCUACAGUCCCCCAUUCAGGUUCAAUCCCCUGCACGAUAUGGAGUCUUUGUGGUGGAUUCAAACGUGGAUACUCUAUUACCAUGUUGACCAACCGCGCAGCCAACGGUCGUCAAAACAGGAGGAUUACUCAAAGAACCUCUUUCCCGGACAGCUCAAAGUUCGUUUCUACGAGUUUUCCGACAAUCUGGACCUCCGCAUCCUUCCGCCCCGUUUUAAGCCUGCAGGUCGACAGGUUGCAAUGAUGCACGGGAAGCUUAAGCUAGCUUACAUUGAAAGUGAAAAGUGCUUGCCGCAGGAGCCACCGGCCUAUGUCGCUCCACUUGAAAGUCUCCACGCCAUUUUUAGAGAACACCUUGCGACUGCUGUUGAGGACUCUAAAGAUGUCAUUCUUUUUAUCCCGACGGAUAAACGGCCAAAUCCGGAAGACUCAACCCAUGAAACUCGAGGCGAAAAACGACCCAAGGUUUGAACCUUUUCAGAUCACCACUGACUGCUGACAUCAUGUUUCUUCCUAGGUGGACUGAUCGAACAUCGUCCAAAUGUCGCGACUCUCCAAGCCCAUGACACUACUUGAAAUAUCAAUAAAUGCUUAUUGUACUAUCUUGCAUAUGAAUCCUGCUGUUCCCACCACUUUCCCUUGUUUAGUAGUCCCUUGCUUGUGCUUAAGGUUCCAGCUCAUCGAGUCAUCAGAGAAAAUGUACUGGUCGACACAUCAUGAUGACUGUUCUUAGUAACACCAUAGCUGAAGCAAAUCGCGAGACCAGAAGCAGCAGUAGUGAAGGGUUCGCUAGAGACGAUGGAUAGACACAAGAGUAUGUCAUGGUUCGAGAGAAACUGGUAGAUCGUAAAACAG